AUGGCGAGACUCCCUGACGAUGCCGACUACGAUGCCGGCGAAACAUCCGGUAAUGCCGCUAUAGACGAAGCUGCCGUGCCCUUCCGACAGACGGCUGCAAGACAUCGAGUGAGCCUUCGACGGCGCCAAAUGGCAUUACCACCCACACCAUCGUCCACCUGUGAGGAAGAUUUUCAGGCGUAUACAUCGACCACACUAUCUCAACCAGAAUCAACCGAGCUAGAUACGGGCAUUCUCUCCUAG